ACAGGAUCCAGAUGCAUCAUUUGACAUUAACGGCAAUGAUUCCGAUCCAACGCCACAGGAUAAUGGCGAUAACAAGCAUGGUACCAGAUGUGCUGGUGAAGUUGCUGCCGUUGCCUUCAAUAAUUAUUGCGGCGUAGGUGUUGCAUAUAAUGCUAGUAUUGGUGGUGUUCGUAUGUUGGAUGGCAAAGUUAAUGAUGUUGUUGAGGCUCAAGCUUUAAGUUUAAAUCCUUCUCAUAUCGAUAUCUACAGCGCUUCAUGGGGUCCUGAGGAUGAUGGAUCAACAGUAGAUGGCCCUGGACCUUUGGCUAGACGUGCCUUUAUUUAUGGUGUUACCAGCGGUCGUCAAGGCAAAGGUUCAAUUUUUGUUUGGGCUUCAGGUAAUGGUGGACGUUAUACGGAUUCCUGCAAUUGUGAUGGUUAUACCAAUUCCAUUUUCACCUUGUCCAUCUCUUCGGCCACACAAGGAGGCUAUAAACCUUGGUAUUUGGAAGAAUGUUCUUCUACCCUGGCUACCACCUACAGUUCUGGUACUCCUGGACAUGACAAGAGUGUAGCUACUGUUGAUAUGGACGGUCGCCUAAGACCCGAUCACAUUUGUACAGCCGAGCAUACUGGUACAUCUGCAUCGGCUCCUUUGGCUGCUGGCAUCUGUGCCUUGGCUUUGGAGGCAAAUCCCAAUUUAACUUGGCGUGACAUGCAAUAUUUGGUAGUCUAUACCUCCAGACCUUCACCAUUGGAAAAGGAAGCCGGUUGGAUGUUGAACGGUGUAAAACGCAAGUACAGUCAUAAAUUCGGUUAUGGUUUAAUGGAUGCUGGAGCCAUGGUCUCGUUGGCCGAGCAAUGGUCUACUGUUCCACCCCAACAUAUUUGCAAAUCGCGUGAAAAUAAUGAAGAUCGUAAAAUAGAGGGAACCUAUGGUUACACUUUAGCUACUCACAUGGAUGUUAAUGGCUGUGCUGGUACUAUUAAUGAAGUACGCUAUUUGGAACAUGUACAAUGUAGAAUCACUUUGAGAUUCUUCCCUCGCGGUAAUUUACGCAUACUCCUAACAUCUCCCAUGGGCACAACUAGUACCCUGUUGUUUGAGAGACCUAGAGAUAUUGCUAAAUCCAAUUUCGAUGAUUGGCCAUUCUUGAGUGUUCACUUUUGGGGCGAAAAGGCUGAGGGUAGAUGGACUUUACAGAUUAUUAAUGGUGGUCGUAGACGUGUCAACCAACCAGGUAUUUUAUCUAAGUGGCAAUUGAUUUUCUAUGGUACUGCCGUCCAGCCAAUGCGUUUAAAAAGUGAUUUAGUUUCGCCGCCUGUUUAUACGUAUCCCACAGAAUCGGAUUUGGGACAACCCUUGAGUGCUGAUCAGUUUUCAAGUUUUUUAAAUUUUCAAAAUCUCUACACCGGAGCCGGUUCUAAUCCAGAGCAGGCAGUAACUACGGUAGAUGGUCAUAAUAUCCCCACACCUCAAAGACAAAAUGUUAUGGCCGAUUCGAAUAAUAAGCUAGUCUUGCACGACUGUGAUCCUGAGUGUGACUCACAGGGUUGUUAUGGUCGAGGUCCGACUCAGUGUGUGGCCUGCAAACAUUAUCGUUUGGAUAACACCUGUGUAAGCCGUUGUCCUCCUCGUUCCUUCCCCAAUCAGGGAGGUGUCUGCUGGCCUUGUCAUGAAUCAUGUGAAACUUGUGCUGGUGCCGGUCAAGACAGUUGCUUAACUUGUGCUCCAGCUCAUUUGCAUGUAACAGAUUUGGCUGUUUGUCUACAAGUUUGUCCUGAAGGAUAUUAUGAAAAUUAUGAUAAUAAAACUUGUGUGCCAUGUGAAGCUAAUUGUGGUUCAUGUCAAGAUCGUCCCGAUUAUUGUACAUCAUGUGAACAUCAUUUAGUUAUGCAUGAACAUAAAUGUUUCUCUUCGUGUCCUCUGCAUACCUAUGAAACUGAAGAAUACAAGUAAGUUUUGUGAUUUGUGAUAC